AUGGCUUUAGAACUACCAUGUUCUCUCAUCACCUUGUUGCUUCUUGUUCAAUCGGUGCCAUAUUCCACCACUGCUCAAACCUUUGCAAACCACUACUUAGGCUCAUUCCUUACUGCCCAGAAUGAUGAUUCUUUCUGGGCAUCCUCUUCUGAUGACUUUGCUUUUGGUUUCAAACAGAUUGGGGAGGGAGGGUAUCUACUAGCCAUCUGGUUCAACAAAAUACCAGAAAAACCUGUUGUCUGGUCAGCCAAUGGAAAUAAUCUAGCCCCAAGAGGAUCCGUUGUUAAACUUACACAAUAUGGCCAACUUGUGCUCAGUCACCCAACUGGGAAAGAGAUAUGGAAAGCUGAUUGUUCCGGUUCAGAAGUUGCCUAUGCAGCCAUGCUUGACACUGGAAACUUCGUGCUGGCAAGCCAGGACUCUGCCUCUUUGUGGCAGAGUUUUGAUCAUCCGACUGACACAAUAUUACCUACAAACACUAUGGACAAAAGCAGCAAACUUGUUGCUCGUUAUGCAGAAAUGAACUACUCUAAUGGAAGGUUCCAGUUCACAUUGCAAUCGGAUGGAGAUCUUGUGCUUCAAACUAGAGCUUUCCCCUUGGAUUCUGCUAAUUCUGGUUAUUGGUGGAGUGAAACAGUAGACACUGGCUUUCAGGUGGUCUUCAAUGAGUCUGGCUCUAUAUAUGUUGCAGCCAACGACGGAAGCAUACUUAAGAUGAUAUCAUCACCUGCAGGUUAUUUGAAAGGAUUCUAUCACAGAGCAAUUCUUGAAUAUGAUGGAGUCUUUAGGCAUUAUGUAUACCCGAAAAGCAUAACUACUGCAAAUGCUGGGAAUUGGUCCCCUUUGCAAAGCUUCAUACCUCCUAAUAUAUGCAAUGCAAUUCGACAAAGGACAGGUGGUGGAGCUUGUGGGUUCAACAGCUACUGCAUGAUAGGUGAGGAUCAGAGACCGAGUUGCCGAUGUCCAGAGGGAUAUACCUUCAUUGAUCCAGAUGAUGUUAUGAAAGGAUGUAAACAAAACUUUCUUUCUCAAAGUUGUGAUAAAGGGUUGCCAGAAACGGAUGUUUUUGACUUUCAUCUCAUGCCAAACACAGAUUGGCCCGAGUCUGAUUAUGAAUAUUUUAGAGGCCAAACUGAGGAUUGGUGCAGGGAAGCUUGCUUGGGUGACUGCUUCUGUGCGGUUGCAAUUUACAGAAAUGAUGAGUGUUGGAAGAAGAAAAUUCCUCUUUCAAAUGGGAGGUUGGAUGUCAAAGUUGCAGGAACAGCCCUGAUCAAAAUAAGGAAAGGCAAUUCUACUUUGAAUCCUUCAGGGGCAGAUCGGUCAACUCUGAUCUUCAUAGGGUCAGUGCUGUUAAGCAGCUCGGUGUUCCUCAACUUUCUUUUGCUAGUUUCAGCCUUUCUGGUUGUUUUCCGUUUCAAUUUUUGGAAGCCAAAGGUGUUUCAAGCACUACACCAAGUGAUGCCAGGCAUGAACUUGCGAAGUUUCUCAUAUGAGGAACUGCAAAAAGCUACAAAUGGAUUCAAGGAAGAGCUGGGGAGUGGUGCUUUUGCAACAGUUUAUAAAGGGUCUCUAGAAUAUUCUGAUGAUACAAUCUAUGUUGCGGUUAAAAGGUUGAACAACAUGGAGAGACACGGUGAUCAGGAGUUCAAAGCUGAAGUGAGUGCUAUUGGCAGGACAAAUCACAGAAAUUUAGUCCAACUGCUGGGAUUCUGCAACGAGGGGGAACACCGGCUUCUUGUAUAUGAAUUCAUGAGCUAUGGUUCUGUAGCAAGCUUGCUUUUUGGAAGUUCAAAGCCAAGUUGGUACCAAAGAAUGCAAAUUGCAUUAGGAAUUGCAAGAGGGUUGUUUUACUUGCAUGAAGAGUGCAGAAGACAGAUCAUACACUGUGAUAUCAAGCCACAGAACAUCCUUCUGGAUGAGACAUGGACAGCAAGAAUUUCUGACUUUGGAAUAGCCAAGCUUUUGAAGAUAGACCAGACUCGAACGAUGACCAGAAUCCGGGGAACUAAAGGGUAUGUGGCGCCUGAAUGGUUCAGAAACAUGCCUAUUACAGUCAAGGUGGAUGUUUACAGCUUUGGCAUAGUGUUGCUGGAGCUCAUCUGCUGCAGGAAGAAUUUUGAAGUGGAGGUAGAAUAUGAGAAUCAGAUGAUACUGGCCGAUUGGGCAUACGAUUGCUACAACGAUGGGAAACUGGAUCUGUUAGUUGGGAAUGAUGAGAAGGCAUUGGAUGACAUGAAGAGAGUGGAGAAAUAUGUGAUGAUUGCCAUAUGGUGCAUUCAGGUGGAUCCAUUGGUAAGGCCAACAAUGAAGAAAGUGGUGCAAAUGAUGGAAGGAGCUGUUGAAGUCUCAGUUCCUCCGGAUCCAUCCUUAUUUACUAGUUCAAUCUAAAUCCUCUUAACAUAAAUUUACACAUGUUUGAGUCAG